GUUCUUGUGUCAUGGGGUUGCUGAGAAAAGUCGGAAAGCAAGAGAAGACUUGCGCACAAGAGAAAGUCUUCCAUGAAAGAAAAACACGGUGUUUCCUGCCACUUUCUUUUGUUCAAAUCAACUCAAUCCUACCCCUUCUCUACGUUUUAAGUGCAAUAAUAGUGCCUCUUCUCUUCAUUUAUAUUCUCAUUUUUCUUGCAUUUCUGUCGCAGUAUGGUGACUACUUCUAUGCUUCACACUUCCAUUUCGUCGUCGUCGUCAUCUGGAUAAGGUUUAACUCUUGUGGAUUGAGUGUUUUCUUUAGUGGUCCAAUUUAGUGAAAACCCUUCUCUUUGUAGAUUUUCUUAAUGGAUUUUAGAUAGAAAGUUUGAGGAUUUGUUCUUGUUGUUCUUUUCCUUGCUAAUGGCAUUGAGUGAGAAAAAUCCUAUGGUUGCUGCCCAUAUUUUGGUUUGGAUGGUUUCAGUGUUGCUGAGCAGUAGAGUAAGUUUGAUUGAUGCUACUGCUACUGAUAUAGAGUGCUUGAAAUCCAUCAAAGACUCUCUUGUCGACCCUUACAACUACUUGAACACUACAUGGGAUUUCAACAACAAUACUGAAGGCUUCUUAUGUAGAUUUAUGGGUGUUGAAUGCUGGCACCCAGAUGAGAACAGGGUUCUAAACAUCCGCCUUUCAGACUUGAGUCUUAAAGGCCAGUUCCCCCUCGGCAUCCAGAAGUGCACAAGCUUGACUGGCUUGGAUCUUUCGCGCAACAAGCUAUUCGGCUCUAUCCCUGCUAAUAUAUCAAAGUUACUUCCGUAUGUUACAACCCUUGAUCUCUCAUUCAACAAUUUUUCAGGUGGAAUUCCACUUGAUCUUGCAAAUUGUAGUUUCUUGAAUGAUCUCAAACUUGACAACAACCGGCUAACAGGCAACAUUCCACUGGAAUUUGGCCUGCUUGAUCGGAUCAAGAUAUUUAGUGUUACCAACAAUCUUCUAUCAGGGCCGAUCCCCACAUUUAUCCAUAGUAACAUCCCUGUUGAUAGCUUUGCAAAUAAUCUGGACCUCUGUGGAAAGCCAUUGAAACUCUGUCCAGGAGUCCAGGGGAAAUCCCAUGUUGGGGUAAUUGCUGCAGCAGCCGCAGGUGGGGUAACAUUUACAUCAAUUAUCUGUGGUAUCUUUCUGUACUAUUUGUCUCGGGGAGUAGCUAAGAGGAAGGCAGAUGAUCCUGAAGGUAACAGAUGGGCAAAGAGCAUUAAGGGAACCAAAGGCAUCAAGGUUUCAAUGUUUGAGAAGUCGGUUUCAAAAAUGAGAUUGAGUGAUCUCAUGAAGGCAACUGACGACUUCAGCAAUAACAACAUCAUUGGAGCAGGAAGAACAGGACCAAUGUACAAGGCAGUGUUUUCAGAAGGUUGCUUCCUUAUGGUUAAGAGAUUGCAAGACUCUCAGCGUUUGGAGAAAGAGUUUGUAUCUGAGAUGAACACACUGGGGAAUGUAAAACACCGUAAUUUAGUCCCGCUUCUGGGUUUUUGUGUGGCAAAGAAGGAGAGAUUUUUGGUGUAUAAAUUCGUGGAAAAUGGGACCCUUUAUGAUAAAUUGCAUCCACUGGAGCCAGAGAUCAGAAACAUGGAUUGGCCCCUAAGGCUCAAAAUUGCAAUUGGAACAGCUAGAGGUUUGGCAUGGCUUCAUCAUAACUGCAAUCCACGAAUUAUCCACAGGAACAUAAGCUCCAAGUGCAUACUCUUGGAUGGCGAUUUUGAGCCGAAGUUAUCUGAUUUUGGCCUUGCUAGACUCAUGAACCCAAUCGACACCCAUUUGAGCACUUUUGUCAAUGGGGAGUUUGGGGACUUGGGUUAUGUUGCUCCUGAAUAUCUACGGACCCUUGUUGCAACACCAAAAGGGGAUGUUUAUAGCUUUGGUGUAGUUCUCCUGGAGUUAAUUACUGGUGAAAAACCCACUCAUGUUGCUACUGCCCCUGAAAGCUUCAAGGGAAGUUUAGUGGAGUGGAUCAGACAACUGUCAGAUGGUCCUCUUCUUCAUACUGCCGUUGACAAACCUUUGCCUGGAAAUGGUUACGAUCAUGAACUCAACCAAUUUCUUAAAGUUGCUUGCAACUGUGUGGUUGAGAAUGCAAAGGAGAGACCAACAAUGUUUGAGGUUCAUCAGCUCCUCAGGGCUAUUGGGGAGAGAUAUCAUUUCACAACUGAUGAUGAUAUUAUGUUGCCAUCUGAUACAGGUUACACUGCUUUCCCAGAUGAACUAAUCGUUGCCACCGAAGUAACAAAGGAAGUUGAAUGAAGAACAAAGGUGUUGAGCUUGAUAGAUAAGAGUUUGAGGCCGUAGAUUCGCACCCGCCCAAAUAUAUUCUACGCUAUAGCUUUAAUUAUAUAGCAUAGUGUGAAUUUUGUUUCCAUGUUGGGUGUUGAGAGUCGGUAAAUGAACUCCCGUACUUAGCCGGGGAGUUUGUAAGCCUUCCGGUUUCCCUUUCUUCUCUCCUUAAAAGUGAUGUGACAAAAGCGCAACUACAUUGCAACGUUAAUUU